AUGCGACUAUCUGUACAUGAUAUAACUGUCGUACAGACUGAAAAAUUGUCAUCAAAUUCAGCAACAACAGCAAAAUCAUCAUUGAUAUCAUCAGCUAGUACAUUCAAAGGAAUCUUUCCACAACCAUCUCAACAACAUUACCAAUAUCAUCAAUAUAGUGAUGCUAUGAACAGUACGGGAUUAUCCGAUCAUACUGAUCAUCCUUCUUUAAUAUACGAUCAUCGCACCUCAACAUCUUCACAUCUCAGAAAUUUCAAAACGGAUAAAUUUUAUGGUGAUUCGGUAAGCGAAUCAAUGAAAAUACCUGCAGAAAUAGUUCAAACAGCAACAGUUCCACUACAAUUUCCUUGUACUUCUGAAAAUUUUACUCGGUUUUCAACAACAAAUCCUUCUGGACCACCUGAUUUUGUCAUUCCGGUUGAACGAACAAUUUUCAACGGUUGA